CCUUCGUAUCUGUCCUCUCCUCAUCCUCCUUCAUUGCAUGCUGUCGAGAUUCAUUCCUCGCGCAUCAUACUCGAUCACCACACUCUCUACCCAGGCAAAUCGCAUGGUCACCUGGACACGUCUCUCUCAAUCACCUUCGCCUACCAUCUCACGUCGUAGCAUCAUGACCUCAUCCAACAACAAUGCCGCUUCGGCUUCAUCACAUGCGCCAACAACGGCCUUGGACUUUCUCAAGUUCGUAGACAACUCCACCGACCCCUUCCACGCGGUACAGUCCGCUUCCAUUCUUCUCGAAGCCUCCGGCUUCACAAAGAUCAAGGAAACCGAUCAGUGGGACGGUCGUAUUGAGGCUGGGGGCCGCUACUACUUUACACGAAAUGGCUCAGCACUCGUCGCCUUUGCUGUAGGUGGCAAAUUUCAACCUGGCAUCGGUGGCGUACAUGCAGUGGGGGCGCAUACCGACUCGCCCUGCUUCAAGGUGCGGCCGGUCAGCAAGAAGGAGAAGGCAGGUUUUGUCCAGUUGGGAGUAGAGACGUAUGGUGGAGGGUUGUGGAGUACUUGGUUUGAUCGCGAUUUGGGAUUGUCGGGGAGGGUCAUCGUUGAGGGUGAAAAGGGGACGUAUGAAGCGAAGCUGGUACAGAUCCGCAGACCUAUUCUGAGGAUCCCGUCCUUGGCUAUUCAUCUGGACCGGUCGGCUGGGGAUGGCAAGAAGUUCAAUCUCGAAGACGAGACGAUCCCGAUGCUCGCCCUCAAGAGCAGCAUCGAGGAGCAGCUCGGCACGAAAGCAGAUGGUGGAGAUGAGACGGCGCAGCAUCACCACCCUAUCUUGCUCAACCUUCUCGCCAAGGAGCUCGGCUGCUCUCCCUCCCAAAUCCGCGACUUCGACCUCUCCCUGCAUGACGUCCACCCCUCCUCGAUCGGUGGAGCCUGCGACGAAUUCAUCUUUGCUCCGCGCAUCGACAACCUCAUGUCCUCCUUCGGCGCCGUCACUGCUCUGCUCGCCUCGGUCGCGCCCGGUCAAUCAACUCUCGCCGACUCAAAGUCGGUACGCGCAAUCAGCCUCUUCGACAAUGAAGAGGUAGGCUCCACCUCCUUCCAAGGAGCAAAUGCCGACACGCUACCCGCCCUUGUGCAGCGAUUGUCGCACAUCUCCCUCAAGGGGGCCAAGGGAACAGCAGAUGGGGGCGAUGUAGCCCGAGCAGCUUCUUUCCUCAUCUCGUCAGAUGUGAGCCACGGCAAGCACCCUUGCUACAUGGAUCGCUACCAGGCGGAGAACAGCCCUGACCUGGGCGGAGGCAUCGUGCUGAAGACGAUGAGCAACCAACGAUACGCCACCACCGCAGCGACUGCUUUCCCAAUUCGCCGAUGGGCGGCUCUCGCGCGUAAUGGCGGCGUGCCCGUGCAGCACUUUUCGGUCAAAAAUUCGAUGCCAUGUGGGUCGACCAUUGGGCCUAUGCUUAGCGCAAAGGGCUUCAAGACGGUCGAUGUGGGGACAGCGUGCUUGUCGAUGCACAGUGUGAGGGAGACGGCGCAUGUCAAGGACCCGGAGCAUUUGAUUGGCUUGUUCGAGAGCUUCUGGAAUCAUGGGGAGGAGGUGAUCGCCAGCCUUGAGGUCGACUAGAUUGAAGAGCAAUGACAUGACAAUGCGCUUUGACCCAAGAUCUU